GAAUAAAGGAAUGAGCCUGCACAUCGGUCGGAGAAUUUUCAUCCACCAUUGUGAUGUUUAUCCCCUGAGAGAGAGUGUGCAUUCAGGUGUGUGUGUGUGUGUGUGUGUGUGUAGAUCUGUUAGUGAGGAUCAACAUGACACAGUGGUGGGCUCUGCUCAUCAUUGUUUACCUGUCCAUGUACCUGGCAGCCCCUCAGCAUCACAGGAAAGCUCUGUAUCCAUCUGCAUACAGGAUAAAGCGUGGGGCAUAUUCGCUGAUCAACCCCACGUUCCAGGGUUCGUCAGAGGACGUCAACCUGCUUUUUGAGAUUCUGCUAGCUGGAAUGGAGAUCCAAGGUGGGGAAAUGCUGAUCCCCGAUGAGGAGCUGGCCUCCCUGAGGAGUGUGGAGAAGCUGGAGGUCAUCUGUGAGGACGUCCUGCCCAAAAGGCUUUCCGACAUUCGCCGUCUGAUAGCGGAGCUCGCCCAGCGCCGGCAGCCUCUGAGCUGGCAGGACUUUGAGAGGACGGUGCUGACCCUGGUGUACACCACUCAGACACUGGCUCGAGUCAGCAGCCCGCAGCAGAGGGAGGCGUGGACGGACGCUGUGAUACAGCUGUUCAAAGCCGUUCAAAAGGACCUCACACCCUUUUAAAGAUCUCUUUCUCAGCAUGUCAGCAUUCAUCCAAUGCCCAAGCUUCUGGCGCUGACUCGGGAGGACUGAUUGAUGAGUAAGUGAAGACUGUGUGGAAUUUCCUUCUAAGACACUCCCUGCACCGCUCUAAUGUGGAUGAUGAGUUUUGGGAUGUGUCUGGGCACUACUUGACGGAGCGUAAAGAAGCCGGCGUAUUGAAGAAAGCGGUAGAGCUCAGGCUCUUGUUCCCAGUAUUGACUCUUGACAGUUUCAUUAAGGCAUUCUAACACUUACAGCAUCUUUGCUCCAUGUGUUAUAUGGCAAUCCCCAGAACUUCAUAGUUUGGAAUUGCAUUGCUUCUGACAUAAAGUACCCCUUAAUUGUCUCAAAGUUUAAAAAA